AUGAUUACUUCUCAAAAAAAAACCAAUAAACUCAAAAGCGAAGAAAAUCCAAUACCAACAUCUUCAAAAAAAUUACAAGACGAAAAAUUAAAAAAAUCUACUAGCAACAUUUCUACAACACGGAGUUUUGUUCAAAAGAGUUCGGCCGCUGAUGUUUACGGGCAAAAGAGAAAUGCACAUGGCGCCAAAAGCUCUAAAAAAGUAGGUAAUACAAAUGUGUCGACUGCAGCUCCUAUAAAGGAUUAUUUGAAGUCUUCACCUUCUUCUGUAAGCCAAGCGACGUACGAUAAAACACCCAGAUUUAAAAAAGAAGUAAAGCCACAAGCUUUAGAUUCCGAUCGAAGAACGUCAAAAUCCACGCCAAGAAACGUUCCAUUUUCAAAUGUGACAGUUAACUCACCAGUUGUGAAAAAGAAAUUGAAUUUGAAUAGAGAUCCGGUUAACGUUUUUAAGAAAAUUGAUUCUUCACAAGAUUCAAAACCUAAAAAAACAGACAAAAAUGUCACUAGAGAAGUACACAAAGUCCAAUUGAAAUCUAAAACUGUAGAGAACAACAAAAUUGAUACUCGAGAAAGAACACAGACAAGAACAUUAACCAACGACGAGGUGAGGAUGUUGACACCUACAGUCGUUGAUAAUAAUGCUCAGAUGAUUAAUUUGACUAAAACAUUAAAGGCUAAACCCAAAGCCUUUUAUGUUGAGUUGGAUGAUAAGCAUAAAAAGGUACUUAAAAAAGAUAAAUCGAGUGAAGAGGAAUACAGUUAUGAAGAUGAUUUCGAAAGUUAUGAAUCAGAUUUCGAUUCUUACUACAGUGACGGUUCAAAGGUUUCGACUGGGGAAACGAGUAACGAAGAAGAACAUAGUAACGAAGAGAAAAAGUUCGGAAACGGUGCUAAAGAAAUUAAAGAUGAAGAGAAAAUGUUGGAUUCAGGAAGCUACGAUCUCCGCGACCAACGUUCAGCAAACCGCAGACCGACCCAAAUGGAAUUCAUACUGGAAGCUUCCGAAGACGUUGAAAACAAGAAAACCUCGCUUACUGACGAGGGGUUUCUUGAGAUGUCCAGCUCGAGCGCAGUUCUUAACAUGAAACAUGUAGAUAUGUUGGAAAAGCCUCUGUUUAUAGAUUUUUCAAAAUCAAAACAGAACAAAUCCAAAAAACGACUAAACGAACAAUUAAAGCAGCGUGCUAAGGACCUGUUGAGCAUGAUUAUAUUACAUAAAAUGUCCUACACUUUAUUUGAAAUGAAACCUAUACCUUAUGACUUGUAUAUGGCAACAUUUGGAAGAUCUAAUUAUACACAAAUUGCAAUACAAACUUUUGACGAUGGUAUCACAGAAGAGGUCCAAACCGAUGAGAUAUCACUUGAUAAUAAAUGGACACAAUAUCCGGUAAAAUUUUCAAGUUGUGAUGUUUAUCUAAAUAACAACGAUAAUAAACAAAAGUGUGUUAAAAAUGAUGAAGAUUAUUUAUCAAAGUUUACGUUAUUAAUAAAUAGAAAAUCGGAUAUCGAAAUUAAUGAUCAGAUAAGUCAGAAUCAAGAUUACAUACAAAAUCCGUUGAGAAUAUAUUUGGAACAAAAAGAUGGCGUUGGUUCCGAUCAAAUGUUGCCAUUUGAAAUUUAUAAAAGCAAACUAGAAAAUAACAACUACAAUGUAAAUAAACUUAGGAAAUUUUUGAAAAAAUCUGAAAGAAGGAUUUUUAACAUAUUAAAUCUAAAUACGGGUCAAAAUAUUGUAGCAUUAUCUCAAAAUACUCAUCUGCCUUUUAGUAAAGGCUCUACGUCUGUAACUUUAGAAAACUUACCUGAUAAGAAUAUCUUAAAAAACACCAAUAUUAAAAGCAUAAUAUUUUCCGAAACAAAAUCAAAUCUUAUUCUAACUGUACAUACAAAGUGUUCAAAUGGAAUUAUGGCAGGAAAAUGCAUAAUUUGUCUAUGGGAUCUCAGUGUUGCUAGACUGGAACCUCACAAGAUAUUAAUAGCCAUAGACAACGUUGCCAUUGGUCGAUAUAGAGGCGACACUAAUGGAAUAUUUGUCGCUGCGUUAGACGAUGGUUCAUUGCACCUUUGGGAUCUCUCUGAAGAACCAACAUGGCGCGGCGAUGAUGCUAGCGCAGAAAAAAAUAAAAAAUUGGUAGAAGUCAAUAGUAAUCGUCUGACUCAAAUUGAAAUCGACAGGGAGUGGAAUUUGAAGAAUAGCCACAUUGGAUUAGAAGAGACCACACUCGAUUGCUUCCUCCUGUCAUGCGCGUACACGAGCAGUGCUACCAACAUAAAUUACAAUAAUGUCAUUGACAAUACAGUAGGUCUUGAAUUUGUCAGAGAAACUGCAAUUAAUCAAGAUGGUGAACGAAAGAUUAUCGGACAGAUUUGUUCCCUACAAAAAUUAGGCAUUUUAACGAUCUGGUCUAUAGUGCAAGAAAAGUCUAAAAGCCUAGACAUCGGCAAAGCUUAUUGGUCUAAAACGAAAUUAGAAAAAACACAGACUAUAUUUUUGAUGGACCACAUAGAACCGAUCGUAAAUGACAUAGAUAGAAAUCGUGUUAACUUUAACUUGAAUGCGGCAAAAAAGAGGUUGUCUAACCGAAAAUUUAUAGAAAAAAGUUUUAAAAUUUCACGCCAAAAACAUUCGGAAACCGAAAGACCGACGAGUACUGCCAGUUUGAAAAAAGUGUUCUCAACCGAAAGUAAUGUUUUCAAUUGGGAAAAUGGUAUUCUUUGCUGUGAUUUAAAAAUUGCUGUUUUGGAUAAAAAGGAGAUUUAUUUGGUUGCCAAAAACUGCGGUGAAGUUUUGUGCUGUAUUAGAAACGUUGGUGGGGUCAAGGUUCGGAGAGUCUGUGUUGCCACGGACACUUCAUCAAUAUCUUGCCUGGCUGUAUCUUCACACGGUUUACCGUACUUUUUAGCAGCCACCGAUACUGGAACUGUCAACUUGUGUUCUUUAAUAGAUGCUAAGGUUCUACUUACGCUGGAUUGUCUGAACAGUCCCUCUAGCGAUGUUACGGACAAAUGCACGUCUGAUAGCAAAGGGCGUUAUGUGAGCAGCAAGUCUGUAUGCUGGUCAUCACAUCCGCACAAUGUCGCAGAUAGAGUCGAUUCUAAGUGUUCCAUAUCCUCACUACACUGGCCGCACCACAAUCCGUGCAGCAUUACCUGUCUUCUGCGCUCGAACACGCUGUGCGUUUGGGACUUGACGCAUAGCGACAUCUGUGCGCGGUAUGUGACAUCAAACGCCGCGACGUCAUGCGCUGACGCUGACUGUUCUUUGGCCUUAUUAACUCCCGAAGGAGAAGUCCAAGUGCAUCGCCUCGCCGCCGAACAGAAAACCAACGCUCCUUACUUAGAUCUAUUUCAGAAAUAUGUAUCUUUACUAAACAACUAACAAUUACGUUUGUAUUUUACAUAAACUU